AUGGCUAAACAAGAGCUUUCAGAAUCGGAGAGCCAAGAAAAGAUCACCGUGGUGGCUGGCAAGCCUACCAGGCCUCAGAUUGUGUUUCCACACGGGUGGAGACUGUGCUUUAUUAUACUUGGUGACCUAGAUGGUUUCAACAAAACAAGCUGGAUCGUUACCGGGUUUCUUAUUACAUUCACUGGUUUCAUGUCCAUCUGGACCAGGGUCAGCGACAUCAUUGGUAGAAAGAAAACCUUGCUUGCAGCCAAAGUUAUCUUCUUGGCAUUUUCACUUGGAUGCGGGCUAUCCCCGUCUGUCAACACGCUCAUUAUAUGUCGAUCAUUUCAAGGCAUUGGCGGUGCUGGGGUUUAUCCGCUCACCAUCUUGUGCUCCUAUGAGAUUGUUCCUAAGACGAAGGUGCCCCUAUUAGGCGGCAUAUUGGCGGUAGCCAUUGCAUGCGCAGCUCUAACAGGGCCUCUCAUUGGCGGAGUACUGGCGCAGAAUUCGGAGUGGAGAUGGGUUUUUUACGUGAACCUCCCACCUGGAGCAGUAGCCGUAGUGAUGCUCCUUAUCGCCAUGCCCGAGAACCUUGGGUCGGUGUCAUCAAAGUCUAUCGCCCAUUUGAGACCGAGCAUCACACUCUUCCGAGAGCUGGAUCUCGUGGGUGUUGUUCUACUGCUCAGUGCCUCUUUGCUGCCCAUCGCGGUGUUGAAUGAAACUAAUCUGGCAUUUGAGUGGGCGUCUGGGACUGCAAUUGGGCUCCUCGCUGCCGGUGGUGUAUCAUGGAUGGCCUUCUUUGCCUGGGAAUGGAUGAUCGAUGGACGUCCUGGCUAUCACCCGAUAUUCCCAAAACGAUUACUAUUCAACCGAGCUUGGAUGGCGAUGCUUAUAAUUACUUUCGCCAGUGGCUGUCCUUGGAACGUGGUAAUUGUCUACCUGGCACAGCGCUUUCAAGUCCUAGAAAGGUUGUCGCCUGUAGAUGCUGGAGUCCGGCUGAUCCCAUACGCGGCUCUUGCAACUGUGAGCACCGCCGCUGCUAAUCUUGCAUGUCUUCGAGGCCGUGUCCCCUUUGUAUAUCUCAUCCUCUUGGGCUCCGUGCUAAGUACGGUGGGAAUGGCUCUCUUUUCCAUUCUACCUCAGUCAGACGUGUUUCCUAGUGCUGGGUAUGGAUAUGAAGUUAUCGCAGGCAUUGGCAUUGGCAGCACUAUCGGAGUGUGCAUUCUAGCGAUACCUUACGUUGUCGAGACGCAGGACCUAGCAACAGCAACGGGUGCACUUAAUCAGUGCCGUUUUCUCGGAGGCGCAAUCGGCCUCGCCAUUGCGGCUAACAUCCAGUAUGGGAACUUGAAGAGCGAGCUAGCAGAUACACUUUCAUCUGAGCAGUUACAGCAAUUGUUGGAGAACAGCAGUAUGGUGGAGACCUUUCCUGUUAAGCUCCAGACUGCAAUUGGGGAUGUAUUUGCGAAGAGCUAUACCCGUCAAUAUCAGGCGAUGAUUGCCUUUGCAGCUGUGCAGAUUCCAGUAUCCCUACUAAUACUCCGGCGCGGUGGACAGUACGUGGUAAAGGAGGAUGAAACAACUGAUUCGGACAGCGGAUCAGGGACGACUGCUUAA